GAUUUGCACCCUAGACCCCAACUCCUCUCUCUCCCACAGUCAGAUCCUUCUCUCUCUUUUCUGAUUUCUCUCACACGAUACACCACAAUCACUCUCACCAUACCUCAUCAACGCGCACCACCACCGGCCACCACCACGCCGGCCGCCGCUCAACCACCAGAUCAGUCCAGUCGUCCCUCUCUCUGGCUCUGCGGUUCUAUAGACUACAGUGAUUCUUGCAAAACUGAUCCUUGCAAUAUCAGAUAUUUCACUACAAACAACUGAACAAGCGCACUUGAGCAACUGUAAUGGGUAUAAUCAGGAGUUGCUUCUCUCUCAUAGCAGGGACAGUCUUCGGGGUUUACUUGGCUCAGAAUUACCAGGUUCCUAACCUCAAGAAGCUAGCUGAUACUGCAAUGUUGCAGGCAAAGCAAGUUGAGGAGAGAUACCGCAAGUCUAAGAAGAAGGGUAGGGAUAAUGAUGAUAACUAUGAUUAGGACCUCUAUGAACUCCAUUGGAAUCAGGUUCUUGUUUUGGGAAUUAUUUUGGGGCUGUUUGCCCUGCAUUAUACAGGAUCACUUACCUUUUAUUGACUCACUUCUUGGAAAACACCAAUUAGUUAGGAUCUUUGCAUAAGUAUUACAUCUAUAAACUUGUACCUUGUCCAUUUUCCAAGGAUAACUAUCUUAUUCCUUUGUCCUUCUUGUUCUGAAUCUUGCUUCAGGAUUACAUGUUAAGGAAGUUAAUGUUUGAUUUACUCAGAUUCUUGAGUUUUGGAUAAUGUAGUAGCUCGUUGAUGUUGACAGAAAUUUGUUUACUGGUGAUCAGAAUUUUAUUAGUAAAUAUCCCAGGGAGUGUUCUGCCCUUAUGAACAAA